GUUCCUCUCUGUAGUUGGGAAUUUACCGCGGCCCCUUGGUGGCCCAGCGCCACGCCCCCGGCGGGGACGCACCCGGAAGUGCCGCUACGGAAGCUGGCGCGGCCGCUUCACCAUGGCGACGGCCGCUCCGCCGCGCUUCUGCCGCUGCGCCUGCUUCUGCUCUCAGAACCUGUACGUGGCGCGCUACGGGCUGCACCUGCGCUUCCGGGACGAGCAGCAGCUGCGCCGUGACUACGGCCCGCUCCUGCGCAGCCGCGGCUGCGUCACUUCCAAGGACUUCCAGCAACUCUUGGAGGAGCUUGAGCAGGAGGUGGGGCGCCGCCGCAGGCUGGGCCAGGAGUCAGCUGCCAGAAAAGCCCUCAUCGCCAGCUCCUACCACCCAGCGAGGCCUGCCGUCUAUAAGUCACUGCAGGAUGCCGCUCUGGCCCCCGAGUUUGUGGCUGCAGCUGAAUAUAGUGCAUCCCCGGGUGCAGACCUUGAGGGCCUUCUCCAGCGGUUGGAGAUAGUGUCAGAGGAGAAGCGCAUCUACCGGGUGCCAGUAUUCUCGGUGGAGUUCUGCCAGGCCCUGCUGGAGGAGCUGGAGCAUUUUGAGCAGUCGGACAUGCCCAAGGGAAGGCCCAACACCAUGAACAACUAUGGGGUACUGAUGCACGAGCUAGGCCUAGACGAGCCUCUGGUGACACCUUUGCGGAAGCGCUUCCUGCAGCCGCUGCUGGCCCUGCUGUACCCAGAGUGUGGCGGGGGCCAGCUUGAUAGCCACCGUGCCUUUGUGGUCAAGUAUGCGCUGGGCCAGGACCUGGAGCUGGGCUGCCACUACGACAACGCUGAGCUCACCCUCAAUGUGGCUCUGGGCAAGGCCUUCACAGGGGGUGCCCUAUACUUUGGGGGCCUCUUCCAGGCACCUGCAGCCCUGAUGGAGCCCCUGGAAGUGGACCAUGUGGUGGGCCAGGGCAUCCUGCACCGUGGUGGCCAGCUGCACGGGGCGCGACCCCUGGGUACCGGAGAGCGCUGGAACCUUGUCAUCUGGCUCCGGGCCUCUGCUGUUCGGAACCGCCUCUGUCCUAUGUGCUGCCAGAAGCCAGAGCUGGUGGAUGAUGAGGGCUUCGGUGACGGCUUCACCCGGGAGGAGCCUGCCAUGGUAGAUGUCUGUGCACUGACUUGAGCCUGGUACACCCAGCGGUGUUGGCGCCAUGGCCGCAGAAAGCUGCCACCUUGGGCGGGGAGAGCAGAAAUAAACUCCGCAGCUGUGACACUCAUUGGAUCAUAGGGACAUGCUGACUUCUGGGUCACUCUUUGGACAGAUGUGCUGUCUUAGGGCCGAACCGCUGAAAGACAAGCCUAGAUUGAGAUGAAGUACUGAGGGUCAAGGGCAGAGCAGGCCCAGGAAGGGAAGGAGCCCCAGAAGGAUGUGGUUUCCAAAGACGUCCAGCCUCAGUCUGACCCCUGGGGAGCUCUGACUGGCCUGGGGGCGGGUGGGGGAGCUCAGUCAGUGGCUCCUCGGAUAGGUUCCCAGGGAUUUAAGUUGAGUUCAUUGGUCUGGGGAGUGGGGAUCCAGACUUUCUGGGUUCAAGCCUCUGUUCUGGCACUUCCAGCUGUGAGGCUCUGGAUUCGCUUGUGCCUGGGCGCUGUGACAGCCCAACGCGUUGACACUUAUAAAGCACUUUAUAACAGCC